UUGGAUGAUUUCAACCGAUUUAAGAUCUGACAAACACAAAGCUAAAUAGCGUCUGUGUGGCCACACGCGACGGGAAAUCACCCCAAACAAGGCUCAUGUUUGGACGGCAUUCAACUGUAGCUUUUUCGAAUUAUAAUAUCUGUAGAUAGUAAUGUGUGAGAUUUUUAUUUUUUAAAGUAAAUAAUUUUAGGAAAGCCCUGGAGUAUUUGAGGCGACUAAAAAGCGUAAACCAACCACAAAAAAGCGGUCUGCAUUGAUGUGGAGUGACAUGGCAGGCAAACUCGUCUCCAAGUUGUUGUUUCGGUCGUCCUUACUAACUCAAGCUGCUCCGCCCGCGUCAAGCCUCUUACUCCAGGGGAGAUCUGGCGGAUCAGCGGCGACCAGACAAUCCUCCAGCGGCGGUCCACCGGAGAAAAUAAGUCGUUACCCGAUUCCCUACAGAAAAAACCUCCCUUAUGACAUAGUGGAGCUUAUGGAAGAGGUUGAGGCAAAGGGAGGUUUUUUGCCCAAUGUCUUCAAAGUCCUGUCUCAUAGACCAGCUGAGUUCAGAGCCUUCUUCGCCUACUACAAUGAGUUAAUGAAUAAAGAUACAGGCAACAUAACCAAGGCAGAGCGUGAGCUAAUAGUAGUGGCCACCAGCAUUCACAACAGGUGUCUUUACUGUGUGGUGUCUCACAGUGCUCUGCAUCGAAUCUAUUCCAAGAAACCAACUGUUGCUGAUCAGGUGGUAGUCAACUAUAAAAACGCAGAGCUUUCCCCUCGGGAGCUGGCGAUGCUGGACUUUGCGAUGGCCGUGUGUCGCUGUGACACCAUCACAGAGGAACAUUUCCAGUCCCUGGAGGAAGUCGGCUUUGACCGUGAGGACGCCUGGGACAUCGCGGCCAUUGCUGCUUUUUUCGCCAUGUCUAACAGACUCGCCCACUUAACUGACAUGAGGCCCAACCUUGAAUUCUAUAAUAUGGGCCGUGUGCCGCGGGACAAACACAAGGACGAGGCCAAAGAUGGUCAUUAAGGAGGGAAGGUUACAUGAUUGUCUGAAAGCACAAGAUAAAUGGGAGAUUGGUAGUUUCCAAAAACACCAAAAACAAAAAGAAGUUCUGUUUGACUUCCACUCUUUUGUAAUAAGUUGUAUUAUGUAUUCUCUCAGACCUGCUGGGAGCCAUCAAGGCUGGAUUUUAACAAUGUGUUAUGCAUAUUUAAAACUAGAAAGUUUCCCAUAUUUAGCAGCUCCAGUAAAAAGUUAAGCAGGAAAAAAAAUGUUUUGCAGAAAAUAUGAUUAUUUUUUUUCCAGCACAAAAUCAAAGGAGGAUGAAUGAAAAACAUAAUGAUGAGAUUUGGAUUAUGUUGGGCUCAUUUGCACUUGAUGACAUUUUAGUUUUGCUGUUCAUUUUCUUUCCUCACAUUAGAAUUUAUAAGUUUAUGGAUGUACUAAACUGCAAUCAUUGCUUUGAGCCAAUCUUAUGAUGUUUAACCUUUAAAUAAAAUGAAUAUCUUAUACUCAGAGACUCAAAAUGUCAUUUCAAAUGCAUAAUUUCCUUGCUUUUUAUAAAUGUAUUAUCCAAUAAAAGUGUUACUGCUGCCAGUUACUGCUG